AUGGCGCGUCCUGAACAGGACACAUUGACGCCCAUUCGAAUCCGUGGCAAACGCCGUGGCACGCCUGCUGAAAAGUGGCACUAUGGCAAGCGCCGCAACCCACAAUUGCAGAAGCGCCGCACGCCUUUGGACCAAACAAUGUCAGGAACAACUCCGGCGACCUCUCCGACAAGACCGCGAAAGCGCAGACGGAGAGAUACUGCCGAGUCUCCACUGGAGCGUUUACCUGCCGAAGUGACUCAAAUUAUCUUUGAGUAUUCAGCGAACAUCGAACUUCCCUUGACGUCACGGGCUCUAGCAUUGACCUUGUCGAAGAGCCAGCACCUGCAACAUCAACUGACCACCGAAACUUUGCAACCUGUUCUUGGGAACACAGCGACACCUACAAAGGCAGAGCUAUGUCGCGCAACCCGUUUGUUGAACAGCAGAUUCGUGACUUGGCCGUUUUUCAGGGCGUGGCUCCGAAGCCAUGUGGCAGCCCACUCGCAGCCCAGCGGUGACUCCGGUGAAAGCUCUGACGAUUUAGACCAUGCCAUACGGUUGUGGGCUUCUCUCGGACCAUCGCCAAGCUUACUGCCUCCAAAGAAGCUACUUGAUCCGGUGAACGGAUUCACGCAGGAGUGCUGCACUUUGUUGGCGGUCUUGGCUCACAGUGUUCGAGACUUACCACGAAAAGACCCUGCCUACGGUGAGCUUGCGUAUGAGGGUUUGAUCAAGGCUAUCAAGACCGAGCACGAAGACGUGGUGUCUUUGAUGCUCAGAAUGGGUGUCGUAGCAAGUACCGAAACUCUACGGAUGGCUGUCACGGAAGGUGGCUGCAACGAGGACAUCGUUCGGAUGCUGUUGUACCGGCCCAGUCGUAACCAGCAGACGCACCUGUCAUCAUCGCGUUCUGAAACUGAGGGUGACGGGGAAGGAACCUUAGACUUACUCGAUCCUGAAAUAUGGGCAUGGGCAGAGGAAGCUCAGAAACAAGGGAGUCGAAGAAAGGGAGAGUGGCUGGUUGCGGAGCUCAGGUAUGCACAGCAACGGAGGAGUGAAUCCGAGACCUAG